CGGCGGGCGGGCAAUGGCGGGCGCCAGCUGGGGCGCGGCGGCCCCGCCGAGGAAGGUGAUGGCGGCGCAGCUGCGGCGGGAGCAGGAGGCGUCGUCGUCGUCGUCGUCGUCGUCGUGGUCGUCGUCAUGGCGGCCGGGCCGCCCUCCCGCCGUGGUGUGGAUGCAGGGCACCGUGCUGGCGGUGGACGAGGCGGCGGGCCGGGCCCGGCUGACGGACCCCACCGGCCCCUUCACCGCCAGCGGCCUGCACCGCCUCCCUCGUGGCAAGGCCCGCCCCGCCGCGGGGAUGUAUGUGAUGAUAAUGGGAGUGGUUGAAUCCUUUUGUCCCGAGCCCUGUCUUCAGGCGGUGAAGAUGACAGAUCUGUCUGGUAAUCCUCUGCACAAGAGCAUGUGGGGACUGGAAGUUGAAGAUUUACACAGCGCUAUUCCCUAGACGAAUUUUAAUUUGCGCUUGCGGGAAUUGGCUUUCAGCACUCCUUGGGCCUCACGGGACUGUUUGUGCCUGUUAAGUUCUCAAGAGCCCUCGUUCAUUGGCUUAAGCGAUCGAACGAUUCCUUUCUAAAUGGCCUCCGCAGUGAGGGUAAGGAUUUGGGACUUUUAAAAUGCUGAAGAUAUUUCAUUUUAUUCAGCCCCAGCACAAGCGCUCAUUCCUUUCGGCCAGAGUACUGUUGUGAGGAAAACCAGAUGUUGUUUUCUGUUUGUGUUUUUUUUUUUUCUUUUUUGUAAGAAAAGCCCCGUAUUGCAUUUUCCAAAUACGGCAGGUGAUCUUUUUUUUUUUUUCCACGACCCCGCUCUAGGUUGCAGUAUUUGAAUCUCAGUCACUGGCCAUGGUGAUUAGCGUGGCUUUGGGCGGGAAAACAGACUUUAUGUGAGAAAGAAGUGACAUCACUGCCCCAUUUGUUCUCCAUUGAUGACUUCCAUAUCCAGUCUGCAAGGCAAACGCUACUUUUUGUAAAGGCAGCCGCUAACAGCUAAGUGGAAAAGACAGCUGCCCUUAUAUAUCAGUCUCAUCCCGGUCCAGGACCACAUUACCCUGGGACAGAGGAUAGGCUGCAUCCCCUUACACCCUCAGAGUAACUGUUCAAACUGAUCCGCGGGUGUCUGUUUUUCAUGGCCUGUUUCGCUUCCGACUGCAAAUUCAGCAUCUGUACAACUUGCAGCAAAUUCCUGAGGCGCUGGCAUUGUUAAUAAGAGCCUAAUGUAUUCUAUUAGAUGUGGAAAGGGUACGUCGGGAGUGGCUGGAAGAGACGGUGUCUUAAUUGUGGUUUCACAUUUGUUUAGGGUUUUCCAAUCUCUGAAUAAAUUCUUCCUGAUAUUCA